GCUUCACAAAACAAAACUAACCAUACUCUGCUCUGCUGCAGUAGUGCUCUCUUUCUCUCGUUAGCUUGAUUGAAUUUGUUUCGGUACUUGAACCUCCACCCCAAGAUAUGGCUCUUGCCAUAGUUGGAGGCUCUUUUCUCUCGGCUUUCCUUCAAGUGCUGUUUGACAGGAUGGCUACACCAGAGUUCCUGACUUUGUUUCGUAAGCGAAAAGCUGAUGAUGAACUCCUCAAGAAGCUCAAGAUGAACUUACUGGCAGUUGGAGCAGUGCUUGAUGAUGCAGAAAACAAGGAAAUAAGCAACCAAGCUGUCAAAGAAUGGCUUGAAGAGCUCCAUGAACUCGUUUACCAGGCAGAUGACUUGCUCGAUGAGAUCAACACUGAAGCUCUCAGAGUUAAGGUAGAAACUGAGUACCAGAGCUCGACCAGCUUCAUGGUAAGUGCUUCCACUUAUAUUUCAUCUUUCAGUAAUCAGUUCUUUAAAAGGAUUAUGCCUGAGAUAGAAAAAGUUGUGAUUAGCCUAGACGGAUUUAUACAGCAAAUUAAUCCCUUGGGCUUGCAAGUUGUUGAAUCGAAAAUACAAUCAUGUCGACUGCCUUCGACUUCUUUGGUCGAUGAGAACACUGUUUGUGGUAGAGAUGUUGACAAGGAGAAGAUAAUCCAAAUGUUGUUGUCUGAGGAUGAAAAAAGAGACAGUGUCACUGUAGUUCCAAUAGUGGGCCAAGGUGGGAUUGGUAAGACGACCUUGGUUCAAUUGGUUUACAAUGAUAAGAGGGUGAAGAAUCAUUUCACUACCAAGGCAUGGGUUUGUGUAUCAGAAGCAUAUGAUGCGACAAAGAUAACGAAGGAACUCCUUAAGGAGCUCGAGAUCUCGUUUUCUGACUCUGGUGAGGGUUUGAAUUCCCUUCAGCUUAAGCUACAACUUGGCUUAACUGAUAAAAGGUUUGUUCUUGUACUGGAUGAUGUUUGGAAUCGUGACUAUGAUGACUGGGAUACAUUGAAGAUGCUGCUCAAAGGUGGUUCUGAAGGAAGCAAGAUCAUAGUGACAACACGAGUUAACAGAAUUGCAUUAAUGAUGGGCGAAAAAAUGUCAAUUCAUCAUUUGGAUUUGAUAUCAGAGGAGGACCCUUGGUCCUUAUUUGAGAAACAUGCAUUUGGAGAUAAAGACAAUGAAAACUGGCGUGAACUUGAAGUGAUAGGAAAGAAACUUGUGAACAAGUGUGAAGGGUUGCCUUUGGCUGUGAAAACAAUUGCAGGUCUUUUGCGUUCAAGAGGGAUGGUUGAGGAGUGGGAAGACAUUUUAAGAAAUGAUAUAUGGAACCAGACAAGAAAUCCAAAUGGCAUCUUGCCAGCAUUGAGGUUAAGCUACAUGCACCUUUCUUCCCAUCUUAAAAGGUGCUUUGCUUAUUGUUCUGUGUUCCAUAAAGGUUUAUGGUUUUAAAAAAAAAGAAAUAAUUCAGCUAUGGCAUGCUAAUGGUCUUCUGGAGCACCAAAGAGAGUUUAAAACUAUUGAAGACAUAGGUGAAGAGUACUUGCAUGAACUGAGAUUGAGGUCAUUGUUGUGGCAGCCAAGCAACGACAAAUUCUCUAUGCAUGACCUUAUCAAUGAUUUGGCUAGAUUUGUUGCAGGAAAAUAUUGUCUCAGGUUGGAAGAUCACUACCCUGGCCAUGGCACCACAGCUAGAGUACGUAACUUCACAUAUUUUCCCAGUGAGUAUGACACAUUUGAUAAGUUUAAACUCUUGAGGGAGGGCAAGAAUUUAAGAGCAUUUCUCCCCGUUGGUAUGUAUCGAUCUGCUACUGGAAGAAUAAGCAACAAAUUUGUACAUGAUAUGUUGCCCACAUUCAAGUCUUUCAUGGUUCUGUCUUUGUACAAUAGAAGUAUAAUUAAGUUGCCCUACUCAAUCAGUGGUUUGAAGCGAAUACGAAUCCUAGAUCUGUCUCGUACGCACAUAGAAAAGCUAUCGGAUUGGAUAUGUACCCUGUACAGUCUACAAACAUUGUUGUUGUCAUAUUGCAAGAACCUUGAAGAGUUGCCCAAAGAUCUGGGGAAGUUAAUUAAUUUGUAUUACCUAGAUGUUAGUGGAGCUCUGCUCAAGAAAAUGCCAAUACAAAUGGAUAGAUUGACAAACCUUCAAGUUUUAACUACUUUUGUGGUAGGCAAGGACUGUGGUUCAGCAAUCAAGGAGCUGGGCCAGCUUCCUAUGCUUGGCGGUAAUUUACUCCUUUAUGGGUUGGAAAAUGUUUCUGGAGGGAGAGAAGCAUCAAUGGCAAACAUGAAGGGAAAGAAACACCUUAAAAGUUUAACUCUAGAGUGGAAAGGUGAUAUUAAUGAUUCACAAGUUCCGAGAGAUGUGCUUGAGAGUCUAGAGCCUCAUUCAAGUAUAAAUCAUUUGAAAAUCAAUGGAUAUCAUGGGACAAGAUUUCCUAAAUGGCUGGAAACCCCUUCAUUUUGCAGUAUAGAGUCCUUGAGUCUGUCCAACUGUGCAUAUUGCUUUCACUUGCCUGCACUUGGGCAGAUUCAGUCCUUGAAAUCUCUUGAAAUUGUUGGAAUGAGUAAUAUAUCAGCCUUUACUGAAGACAUGUAUUUUGGUAACAAUUGUGAAAUCGAACCUUUUCCAUCUCUCCAAAAAUUCAAAAUUGAGAAUAUGCAAGAUUUGGAGAGAUGGGAUAUUCCAGAAUGUGAAGUUUUUUGUAGUCUUGAAAAGCUCUAUUUAAUCGAUUACCCCAAACUCAAUGCAAAAUUGCCCAAACAACUUUUGUCGCUACGAAAACUUGAGAUUUCUGGAUGCGACAAUCUUGUGCUCUCUAAUGGUCGGUUGAGUAUCUUUGACAGUGACAUUCAACAACUCUCAUCUCUUUGUAAAUUAAAGAUUUCACGCAUGGAGCAUUUGAAAGAGUUGUCCCCAGAACUGAACAAGUUAGACUCCCUUGAGAGGUUGGAAAUUAGUGAUUGUGGGUCUCUCAUAUCGUUUCCCUUGGGUAACCUACCUACCUCACUGGAAAAACUUGUAUGCAAUGGUUGUGGCGGUUUUGAAUCAGAAAGCGCAAGUUACCAACCUGUUUCCCUCCUUGAGGAGUUGAAAUGCAAGAAUUGCAACUCUCUCAAAGUUGUCUCGCUUGGCUUGUUCCCUACGCUAAAAGUUGUUCAGGUUAAAGACUGCAAGCGUAUGGAGGUGCUCUCAGUUCCUCCAUGCAGGAUUGGGAAUGGAAGUGGUACUCUUAACUUCUCUGCAAUGCUUAAAGAUCUGGGACUGUGGUAAUCUAAUAUCUUUUCCAGAGGAAGGAUUGCCAGCCCCUAAUCUAAGGCAGAUAGAAAUCAUCAAUUGCGAGAAGCUCAAGUUCCUGCCGGCAAGGAUGGAAUCACUUCUUCCAUCUCUUCGGAAACUUGAUCUAUGCAAUUGUCCAGAAAUUGAGUGCUUUCCAAAAGGUGGUUUGCCUACCAGCCUACAAUCCCUUUAUAUCCUCAACUGCAAAAAGCUCCUGACAAGCCCAAAAACAUGGGAUUUGCUGAGACUCCCCUCUCUUAGAGGCUUACGGAUUGAUGUUACUGAUGAAGCAGUGGAGUCUUUUCCAAAUGAGGACUGGUUGCUGCCUUGCACGCUUGAAUAUCUUGAACUCAGGGGAUGUCAGAAUCUGAAAAUGCUAAACUAUUCGGGUCUUCAACACCUCACCUCUCUACAAAGGCUACGAAUCACUUGGUGCAGACUACUCCAGUCAUUGCCAGAAGAGGGACUGCCCACCUCCUUAACCAAACUAGAAAUCAGAGACUCUCCGCUGCUGAAACCAAGAUUAGAAUGGGAGAAAGGACAAGACUGGGCCGAGGUUGCCCAUAUCCCCUGCAUAAUAGUCGAUGAAGAAUUAAUCCCGUAACGGAGACGCUGGCCGUGUCAGGGCUCCACCAUGAUCAUCCAUAUUGAGUAAUUUAAGUAUACCACUCUUGGAAUUCUAUGGACCAGUCGCUGUUCUCAGCUUCAGCCAUUUCAGGAAGAGAGGCUACUUACCUCCCAAGAAAUCAAAAACGCUCUAUUGCUGACACCACAUUUAGAAUGGAGGAAAGAGAAUAUAGGCUGAAGGUGGUUCAUAUAUUGUAAAUGUUAGUGUUGAAGUCAUUCCAUGAUAAACAUACUCGUCCUCCAAAAUGUUGUCCUCCAGUAACUGAAGAAGUAACCCAAAAGGAUCCAUGGCUGCACAGAGCUCCAGUUUGCUAUCAGAGAAGGGCUCCCCCUUUCCUGAUUUCUCUCUGAAUCUGAAGAUAGACAGCACUUGAACAGUGGUGAACAUUGCAACAAUUUUCUGCACUGAAGGGCUCCUCUGGAAUGCGGAACUGGCAAAAAUGUUGCAUUUCAUGAUUUUUAACUGAAUUGGGAGUAUUGUAGCGGAAUGUAUUUCUUCUAUUCCAGUAGGAUGAACUCCCAAGGAAUUGAAGGUGCUGCCUGGAUGCAAACAAUCCAUGCCUAGAUAACAUGGCUGUGUACUGUAACUGACUACAACAUUUUGUUUGCAAGGUCAGGGACACCGGUGAAGAUUCACUUCCAAUAUAUUGGUUGCUGCGGGAAACUGUUAGGAAUCUUUGGUUCUUGAUAUGGUGCUGCAUAAAUGUUCAUAAAAUCUCAAGACUGCAAGUGGUUUCAGAAUCUCAAUUAUCUUGAGCCCAUGCACCGAUGAACAUAUCUCAUAUAUUUAAGAUAUUUUCAUUUGCUCUUUCACUUUAGAAAAUUAAGUUGAGGUAAUGGGGUUUUGAACCUUUAACGGACCCCUACCAACUGAAUCCAGUUUGUGACACUUCAACAUUUUUGUGCAGUCAAAGUUUAGAUACGUCCGUGUUUAUACUUUUAUAUAUGCAUAUGUACACACACAUGCAUAUGUUUAUACUCUAAAUUGCUUUCGGGCUGGUUUAUCUGU